CCGUUACCAGUUACACAUUGUAACCAAACCAAACACAAACUGUACGAUUGAAUGUCCACGGCAACGCCAUGCGUUGGCCCAGCGCUUUCUACGAGUGCCGCCAUACACCUGAGGGCGUACUUGGCACGAGGCCACAUGCAUUCAUCUUCGUCCGUGUCUAUCCCAGCCUUGUUCCCUCGUCCAGGAGUACAUACCACAUCGUCCGCAUUGCCACCACCACGGACGCCACUGCAACAAGCGUUGAUGACGUGGCGGCACCACAAACUAGCUACGCGAGUCCUGACGUGGGUCGAAUUGCAGCACGUGCAGGACCUCGUCCAUGAAUCGGCGACGCUCCUACCCGCUGAGAAAGUUGUCGCCAAUGUAGUCGUGAUGCACCUAAGCCAAGGCACGAAAGACAACUUGCCACCUCCGCACCUCGAUGAAUUGGACUUGAUCGAAGUGACUUUAAAUCAACCGCUGCUGUCGUUUGACCAGUUCACAGCCCUGAGACCGCAGCUGCCCCCUGCGGCUGCCACGUAUUGCACUGCCGACGUGUUUAUGCAACUACAACCACACGACGCGCACGGUCGCAUCUAUGGCCUCGCGUGGCUGGCAGUGGUCGAGCAGGCGAGCGCACAAGUCGCCACGUAUGCGCUACUCCGGAAUGCCGACAUUUGCGACCGGGGGUACCUGAUCGAAUCCGACGUGACGGGGAUGGUCACAACUUGGCUAGAUACUGUGCCGUGGACCCAAUCGAUUGAUCCAGCAUUUAUAGAGUACUACAUUCGCAUCGCGGCGCGACUAGUGUGGUUGCCAUUGGUACCAUAUCGCACAGGCAAAUUGAGCAUUGACAAAGCCAUGAAAUCGACGGUAGUUCAGUCGCUUAUCCCGCUGUUGUGUCGAGAAUACCAUAAUUCGCCCCAAUACUCACGCAAUCCAUUCGCCACCGACAACAUUCAACGAUUCCAUCGACAGUAUGUACAGCUGGAUUCGAACAAAAACGGAAUGCUCUCGCCCUACGAAGUCUUGCAAUAUGGCCGAAAGAAAGCAUUUGUGGGAAUCGACCAACGCCCAACUCAUGCCCUAACCCGUCGCUUUGUCCAGCGUGUCUUUGAUGAGCUCGUGACAUUUGACGGGGAAAUGGACUACAAUACAUUUCUCGACUUGAACAUGUACCUACGGGACACCACAUCCAAACAUGCGUUGCAGUUCUUCUGGCGUAUUCUGGACGUGCACCGGUGCGGCACGUUGAAUUCAGACGCGAUCGGCUACUUCCUCGAAGAUAUUGCCGAAGCCGUGUUCGAAGCCACCAACGAGCCGCUGGCGACAGCGGACCUUCGGGUGCGUCCGUCGCAAGCAAGUUGCUGUGUUGAUUGAGGUUGGCAGAGCGAACUGUUCGACAUGAUCCAGCCCAAGCUGCCGUGGGUGCUGACGUUCGACGAUGUCUGGUCCAGCGGUCGUGGCCAUUCAUUUGUCAGGAUCCUCACUGACCACGAAGCGUAUUUGCAGUACGAACAUGCCAACGCCAAGUGACAUGCCAAGUGCAACUUCAACUUCAACACCCAAAUACCCAAAUACCCAAAUAUCCGGGGGGGGUUGCGAUAUACCCGACAAACGACAACAAGAUAUCCGGUUUUUCGUCGCAUAUAAAUGGCCAAACAAAAGGCAUCAUGUGUCGAAUUUUAGAGGUCGAAGCCAAAUUGACUGGAGCAACAUAAACCUGCCGCAGACCAAUGCAAGCCGAACGUGUGUCGAGUACAGUAUAUAUCUUUUGGAACGGUUGCAUCGUUUUUGUUGUCGAUGGCAGGAUAAGUAAGAAGUAUACGUACUAG